AUGUUCCGCCUCAGCACCCGCCGAGCCCUCCUGCGCCCCCUCAGCGCGUUCCCCGCGCGCGCCGUAGCCACCUCCACCGUCCACCCACCGCCGCCGGCCGAGGCGCCGCGCAAGACCCCCGCCGCGCCGUCGCCCGUGCGCGCCCCGCCCGAGACGCUCAAGCUCUUGAGCCGCUUGCACGCGCGCUCGAAGGGCGCCGGGGCCGAGAUGGCGGGCGUCGACUCGGUCGCCGUGCGCGAGUACGACGGGCAGGCGGACCGGAUCGUCGCGCUCAGCGAAGACAAGGCGUAUUUCGUGUACUCGAUCAUCCGGGCGGCGCGGGGCACGCGCGUGGUCGUCAUCGGGGCGGGAUUCGGGGUCGGCACCGUGUACUGUGCGCUUGCGGCGCAGGACAAUGCGCGCGACUUGGGGAAGGGGCGCCCGAGGGUCGUCGCGACGGAGUAUAGGCGGAUGAAGGUGCAGCAGGCGCGCGAGGUGUGGAAUGAGGCAGGGGUGAGCGGGAUCACGGAGGUGUUGGAGGGCGACUUGGCGGAGACGCUCAAGGAUGCGGCGCUUAAGGACAUUGAUUUCGUUCUUCUCGACGAUUGGACACCCAAGGCUCUCCCGGCGCUCAAGCUUUUGCAGCCGCAUCUGCGCCCAGGGGCAACCAUCGUUGCGAACGACACUGCCGUCGACGCCGACGCAUACGCUGAGUUCUUGCAGUACGUCGAUAAGGACAAUGCCUUCCAGCGUAUCAGCAUCCCUUACCUGGGCGGGCUUACGAUGAUGACGUAUUACCCGCAGCAGCAGAAGUAG